UUGUGAUUGAUGUGUUUAUGACUUAUGUUCAUAAUAUUUAUUUUAAUGACAAUUCUUGUGUAAAAUUUAUAAUGAUUUCAGUGUAAAAGUAAAAGAUUUUUAACUUAAAAACCUUAUUUAACCAUAAUGAAUAUAUUCAGAUAUAUUCUCUCAUUCUUUCAAACCUCUGAGCCUGAGUUGUCAUUGGAGGAAGUUACAGAAAUCUUAUUAGAAAAUGCAGCUUGUACAGAGGAUCCCUUUAAAAGUGGUCUUCUGGAAACCCAACAACAAUAUGCGGAUAUGAAAAAAAAUUUGUUUAAUGUAGACUAUAAUUUCUCUACAGAAACUGGUACGAUUUCUAGAAAAAAUGGUGAAAACUAUAUUAUUGAUGAUAAGUACGAAUUUAAGGCAGAUGGCAUGGAGUGGCAAAUAGGACAAAAUGUAUCCUAUCACAAACUUGUGUCUGAAGGCAAUAUUGUAAUUUACAACAUAAAUCCAAUAGAAAAUGGUUGGGAUACAGUUGUACAAAAAGAUUCUAUUCUCUCUACUCGAAUAAUGAUUUCUAAAGUUCAAACCAGAGAUAAGAGGCUGCUCUUUUUAACUCCUGGUGAUAUUACAGUGGAUUUAGAUAAGGUUUCAACAGAUUUUGUACCGUAUGUUGGCGAUUGGCUUCAAUUGGAUGUAAAAUAUCAAGUUAAUGAGCAGAGCUUAGAUCUAAGUGGCCAAGUCAUUGAAGUGAAUAAAUUAUCACCCAUAAGACCUCACAUUGAAUCUGGCAAAAUUUUGUCAUGGGAUGUGUCAAGCUGUACUGGAUCUAUAAGCAGUAAAAUCUUUUUUGAUAAACAAUCCUUGAGUUGUGGUUAUUCCCCAGUAGUAGGAGAUAAAGUUGUUACUGAAAUCAUUGAAUCAGACCAAGGAAAGUGCACUUGGAGAGCUCUAAAGGUCAUUCCUGAUACUAUGAUGAAAAAAAUGGAAAAUAUAAAUGGACCAGAGAGUGUUAAGCUGAAGGAAAAUCAUCCAGGACUGGACAUCUCAACAUGCCAGAUUACUUUUAAUAAAUUAGGAGAAACUCAAAAGCUUAUUAUCAGUAUAACAAAUACAUCUGAGGAUCUUUUUAAGCUUUUAAAUGUGCAAAUAAGCAGAGAGUGCAGUCAGUUAAGCUUUGUGAAAGAAAGUCCUAAAGACAUUAAUAUUUUGCCUCAGGGAAACUUUGACCUGGUAUUAAGUUGUACAGCAAAAACUAUGGGAUGCUCAAAUGAACUUCUGGAGCUUCACUUUGAUGGAUUUACUAUUGGAAGAUAUGUAAAUAUGGUAGUUAACCCAUAUAGGGUAGGAGAAUACUAUCAAAAAAAUAAUUCAAAUAUUAAUUAUAACAAUUCUUAUAAAAGUGAUAAAUUAAUUGUAAGAGCUCCAUACAACUCUGUUGUAAGAUUUAAAGCUGUCAGAAUGCCAUCCUAUGCUGUCCCUAAGAAACUAUUAGAGCUACUUAUAAAAUAUGAUGGAACUAAUGAUAUGACAGAACUUAGAGAAGAACUAAAAAUAUUUAAAAGAUGUUUGUUUACUGACUUGACACCUAUGAAUUAUGAAGACAAAUUUCACACUCUUUUACAUUUAGAUGAGAUAUCAAAUCUGUUAUCUAUUAGACAGUUUGACCAAGAAAGAGCAUGUUUUAUUAAAAAUGGGGAGUUUUUAAUGUUGGAAAUUAAUAAUUUAGCAGAGAGAAGACCAAGUAUAGUAUUAGGUGACAAAAUUGUGGCAAGGGAUCCUCUAGGAAAAUCAAGUCAUGAAUAUGAAGGCAAUGUUUUGAAAGUCGGUGGUAAACAUAUUUAUUUGAAAUUUUCUUCAAUGUUUCAUGAUGGUUAUAAUGGGGAGGAUUAUUCGGUAAGGGUAAUUCCAGGUCGCAGCUCCUAUCGAAGGAAACAUCACGCGAUAUUUCUCGCAGCAAGAAAUCUGGGAAAAGAACUAAUAUUUCCCAACAAAAUAGUAGAAAAAGAACCUCAAGUAAAUUUCAUCUACCAAUGUUACUCAAAACACGCAGAAAAUAAUCGCAGAAUUUUAAUCAAUAAUCCCACUAGCCCUUUAACUCAAACGCCCGACAAUCGCAAUGUAACAAACACCGAAAAUCUUACCAAUAAUGUUACUCCUAUUACGCCGGAAAAUUCAAUGAUUGAAAGUCUUUCAAGUUCAAAGACGAUGAGUGCUUCUCAAUUGAUUCGAAAAGCCAGGGAAGCGAAGAUGCGCAGUAUUAGAGAAAGAAAUAGCAGGAAAAGUACUAGCGGAAGCGAGACAUCAGAAUCGGAUUCGGUUAAUGGUAAUGGAAGUAGAUUUGUUCAUGAAGACGGCAGGCUUGUUCAGGAUAUGCUUGACAAACAUUUAAAAUUAGAAUGGUAUAAUCGCCAUCUAAACUGCAAACAAAAAGACGCAGUAAUCAAUAUUUUAAAAGGAAUAUCACGACCAUUACCGUAUAUUAUUUUUGGGCCACCUGGCACAGGAAAAACUGUUACUGUAAUUGAGGCUAUUUUACAAAUUAUCAGGUUAAUUCCUAAUUGUAGAUUACUGGUAACUGCGCCGUCUAAUAGCGCUGCCGAUCUAUUAGCCUUAAGACUUAUUGAUUUUGGUGUAUUAAAACCAGGAGAUUUGGUACGGUUAGUAUCGAUAAAUUACGCGAUCGGUGAUAGGAUUCCACCAAAGUUAGUACCUUAUUGUGCUACUGGAAGUAUUGCAAAAGAAAGCACUGCUGACGAAAACAUUAUUGGACAAAACGGAAUGACUUUUGAUUGCAGCAGGGCAGUAUUGGGUCGUCACAAGAUCACCGUCUCAACCUGUAACAGUGUUGGAGUGCUCCAUAUGAUGAACUUUCCACGUGGACAUUUCACGCACAUUUUCGUAGACGAAGCGGGCCAGGGCUCCGAACCGGAAGUAAUAAUUCCUCUGUCUUUCUUGGAUAAAGUUAACGGUCAAGUGGUUUUGGCUGGCGAUCCUAUGCAGUUAGGCCCAGUAAUAUGUUCUAAAAUCUCAUUGGAAACUGGCCUUAGCGAGUCGCUACUUGAAAGGCUAACAAAUCGGUUUCCGUAUGCUAGGGAUGUGCAAGGGUUUCCCGAUAGUGAGGGUUACGAUCCGAGGCUUGUGACUAAACUACUUCACAACUAUAGAAGUUUGGGACUUAUUUUGAGUUUGUUUAGCGAGAUGUUUUACCACGGAGAACUCAUUCCUACUAUAUCGAGCACUCACAGUCCAGAAUCACUUCUACUUAAAUCUUUAGCGUCAAUUUUGCCUAAAACAAAAGACGGUUCUGUGCCCUCAAUUGUUUUUCAUGGUAUUGAGGGAGAAAACUAUCAGACCGCCGAUUCGCCUUCUUGGUACAACCCCCAUGAAGCUGCUCAAGUAUUUUACUAUAUUAAUGAGUGUUACAGGCUUGGAUUGAAUGCUAGUAACAUCGGUAUUAUUACCCCUUACACAAAACAGGUCAUGGAGAUAAGAUCACUGUUACGCGAAGCAGAAUUGGACAUUCCGAAAUGUGGAACUGUAGAAGAGUUCCAAGGGCAAGAGUUUGACAUUAUUUUCCUAUCAACAGUCAGAUCAUCAAGUGACUAUGUAGCUCAUGACCUGACGCACAGUUUGGGGUUCGUGUCAAGUCCGCACAGGCUUAACGUAGCAAUAUCGCGUCCAAAGGCUUUAUUAAUAAUAAUUGGCAAUCCCGCUUUAUUGUGUCAGGAUACUUACUGGAGAACGGUGAUCAACUAUUGUGUGGAUAAGGGUGCGUACAUGGGAUGUAACUUUUAAGAAUUAAAAUAAAUUUUAAGUGUAAGUGUUUAAAGUGUUUUGUUGAUAUUUAGUUUUUUAUGAAAUAUAAAUGAUCUAAUUUAAGCAGA